AUGCUCGCGACCCCUUUCGGUCGAUGUUUGGCAGCAAUAGUCAGGAUACCUGCCUUGAUGACACAUAUUUUUCCUGUGUCUACAUUGUCACCUACUCCAUGGCGAUUGUUGACCAGAUAUUGCGAUUUAGCACCUACGCACCGAUUGUGCACCACCGAUACCUGCCUUGAUGACACGUAUUUUGUUCUUGUGUCUACAUUGUCACCUACUCCAUGGCAUCAACAAAUGGAUUUAUACCGACAAAUCAACAACUACUUUGACACUGUCAAAUACUCCGAAUGGAGUAUCCUAGAUUGCUUGUAUUCGAUACAGAACCCUAUGUUCACAUCUGACAGCGCGGACGAAGUCGCGACCAUUAUAAAAGAUAUAAUUGGAACACGUCGUAUAUCAAAUUCAUUAUUAGCGAGUGUAAAACGUAAACUAGAACAUCUCGAGUCCAAAUUUGAGUCCAUUUGGACGAAUUCCGAAGUCCGACAGUAUUUCAGUAAAUUGGAUCUUUCUCAUACAAAUAAAAUGUAUGAAACACGGGCGAUGACAAAUAUCGUCAAAGAUAAAACUGUAUUAAAUGAUGCUCAUACUCAAGACUUAGCCAACUCGUAUGCUGAAAAUAGCAAAAAACGGCAACAGCCUGAAAAUACACAUUACUAUGAAUCCAAACAAAGGAGAAUUGCUGAUAACGAUACUGGUGACAAAUCAGAGACAGGUCCGAAUGAUGAGGUGGAUUUUGAUUACAACAAAGUAUCCAGUAUGGAUUCAAACAUCGAUAGUGAUGCCGAUGAUCAUAAGGUAUUCCGGGAUUAUGACGAGUACUGCGAAGAAGAAAUCUCAAUAGAAAAGAUUUUGUCGAGUGGGAGAGAUGUUAGUGUAAUAUUGUCUAAAUACCGUGAAAAAAUUCCUCGCACAAAGGCAUACCUCUAUCCGGCUUAUUUUGGAAUAUUAGAUCUUUCUGGAGAGGAUAUCGAAGUAAAAAAUUUGUUUACAGAUGACGAAUGGAAUGAGAUGAUUAAAGAUUUUAAAAGUAAUGUAAAUUUGAGUGAUUUGGAACCUGAACAAAAUGAACCGUUUUAUAAAUUAAUGGACAAAAUUAUUGAGGUAUUGGCAAAGAAUCCUCAUGACCUAAUUACCGGCAUUGAAAGCUGUGUAAUUGAAGAGAAUAUAAAAGUAAACGCCAUUAGACGACUUAUUCAGACUUAUGCAUACAAUCUUCAAUUACGAUUGCCAAUGUCUGAAGUCGCAUUUGGAAGCAAUUUCACGAACAUGGUCACAAAAGGGAUAUUGACCUUUGGCCAAACCUAUCAUUAUGAAGAAGGUGAGAUUCAAAGUCUUGCUUCGUCCGUAAUUUCCAACCUCAAAACAAAGCCCGCAGAAAGAAGCUUAAUCGGUCAAAAAGUUGAUUUCAGGAUUAGUAAAGACCAAUUUGAGAUGUUAAUUGGUUUAAGAUCUGGGGGUCUUCCUACAGCAACAAAAGGGAAAAAACGGAUGGAUAAGGUUGACUUAGCUGUUUCAUUGCGAGAUGUGUUGGCCAAUGAAGGUAUGGAAAACAAUGGUGUAGAACCAAGCAGGUUCCAAAAACUUUUUGUUCUUGGAGUACACUCAUACAAUUAUAAUUAUAAUAUAUAUGGACUGGACUGGUGUAAAGGUGUUUGGCGUUUAGGUUUAUUACAAAAGGUUAAACUACCAACAUCAUUUGAUUAUUUGCCAGCUAUAGAGAAGUUUAUAAUAUCUUUGCUACGUGUGGAGGAAACUUUACAUCGUAUUCGAAAAACCCAUUAUGAAAUAUUUAUCGAAAAGUCAAGAUUAUAUCGAAACCGACGAACAUCAUUACGUGUCAUGGACUAUUCUAUUUGUGAACAAGGUCGCACAACUCGUACAAGAAAAGCAAAGGAAUAA